AUGCACCCCACUCGCUUCAUCUACUUGGGCCUCACCCCACACACACCCGCGUACACGUCAAACCUAGCGCUCCUCUUGGGGCCUGACGGGCGUGGGAAUGACCCCCACAGCUCCUGGCUGCAGCCACUCUACGAACUGGACGACGACCCCAAGCGGAAGGAGUUUCUGGACGACCUCUUUGGCUUCAUGCAGAAGAGAGGGACUCCAGUGAACCGAAUCCCCAUCAUGGCCAAGCAGGUGCUGGACCUGUACACGCUGUACCGGCUGGUGACCGAGAAGGGCGGCCUGGUCGAAGUGAUCAACAAGAAGAUCUGGCGGGAGAUCACCAAAGGCCUCAACCUCCCCACGUCCAUCACUAGCGCGGCGUUCACACUCCGCACACAAUACAUGAAAUACCUGUACCCCUACGAAUGUGAGAAACGAGCCCUCAGCUCCCCCGGCGAGCUCCAGGCCGCCAUCGACAGCAACCGGCGAGAGGGGCGCAGGCAGAGCUUUGGCACGGCGCUUUUCAGCUACUCCCCCGUGGGCACCCCGGCCAUGCUGGGCUCCCCGAAGAUCCCCGUGCCGGCCCUCGCCAUCUCCACACACAGCUGCAGCCAGAUGAGCCAGGUGCACGCCAUUAAGAAAGAAGACGGCAUCCUGUCGGCAGCGGUGCCCAGCCGGAUCGCCAUCCCCGUCGGCCUGGCGGGGCACCACAUAGCCGCGGCCCAGGCGGCGGCCGCGUCCCAGGCAGCCGCGCUGGAGCAGCUGCGGGAGAAGCUGGAGACGGGGGAGCCGCCCGAGAAGAAGAUGGCGCUAAUGGCGGAAGAGCAGCAGCGGCUGAUGCAACACGCCCUGCAGCAGAACCUGCUGGCCAUGGCCUCCCAGUUCCCCAUGAACAUCAAGAUCAGCAGCCGAGAUGACAGACAGGAGACCGCAUUGAACCUGUCCACCAGCGGCAUUAGCAGCAUCAACAUGUCAAUAGAAAUAAAUGGAGUUGUCUACACAGGUGUCCUGUUCGCCCGCAGACCCCUCAUCCCGGGGGCACCCGGCAGCAACAGCAGCAGGAGCUCCCACGGCCAGGCGAGCCCGGUGCCCGCGCAGAACCAGCGGCUCUCGGCCUCCUCACGCAGUCACACUCCCGCCAGUGCCUCGCCGUGAGGGAGGGAGAGACGCCGAGGGCCCCCCGCUGCCACCCUGCCAGCCCCCUCAGUAAUAAAGCAACUUGGAGUCAAAGUCCA